AUGGCUGCAGCCGCAUUCCUCCUGUUCCUCAUGCUCGCUCUCGCCGGAGCAGUUGCUGAUGCCAAAGACGACGGACCUGCACUCAUCGUCGUCAAUCUUCAUGGCCACGCCCCUGUUGACGGCAAGACCUCCGUGGGCAUGCAGACCCACGACCUCUCGCUGCCCGGCUUCACCAACGGCAGGGGCGACUGGCAAGCCUUCCCUGGCCACGAGCACCUGUUCGCCACGUCCACGCCCCUCCCGUUCGGCGACAGCUACGAGGAGCUCAUCGGCGGCCUCGCGAACCUGCCGGACGUGCCGCUGGGGCGGGAUGCCAUGCAGCACGCGGCCCAGGUGAUGUUCGCCUACGACCCGGCCACCACCGCCGACCACCAGCCGCUCAAGCGGGCGCUGGCGUCGCUCAAGGUGAUGUUAUCCGAGGCCCAGCGGCUGCAGCCCAUCCACGAGACCGUCAGCAACGGAUGGGAGAGCGGAGCCCGCGUGAAGGCCGAGCACCUGCCCUACAUCGAGCACUGGGACACCAUGUCCUACGAGAUCCUCCGCGCCAACAGGACCGGCAAGUGGGACGGGCCCUUCACCAAGAUGCUGGAGACUCGCGCCAACAUCCGCAGCGAGGAGGAGGCGCUCGCCGUGGUCAAGGUGCUGCUGAAUCCCAGUUUCGAGCGAGUGCUCAUGGCUCACGCCACCAGGAUCAACUAG